AUGUUAGCGGAGAAGCAGCCAAAGCGACGGACCAAGACCGAGCUGCCUCCGCUCAGUCCACCCCCGGCACCAGCCACAAUCACGGCUUCAGCUCAGGUGCAGACGAACAGCUGGGAGCUUUUGUUGAAAGAAGCCUUUGCGCCGGAGCAGGCAAAGUACCAAGCCCAGGUCCAGGCUCUUCAGACUGAGCUGAAGGCUCUCGAAAAUCGACUCAGCCAGACCAUAGCCGAUCUGGAAGCAGAGCGGGAGGCCCACACCCAGACGAGAUCCAGCUGGAAUGAAGAGCGCGCAUCUCUGGCUGAACACCAAAAGUCCCUGGACGACCAGAAGAAGUCCCUAGAGUCUCAGAGGCUGCAGUGGACCCAAGAGCGAGAGGCGUUGGAAGCUUCGCUGGCGCUGCUUAAAGCCGAGCUGCGCAGCGCGGCCACCGAGGCAGAAUCAGAUCGCUACACUUGGGAGGAGACUGAGAAGGACUUGCGGGCGCAACUCGACUCUGCACGCCCCGUUGAAAUCCUGACAAGCCGCUCUCCUAGGCUAUUUCGCAAGGUGCAGGUCUCCGCACCACUUUUGGCUGCCACCACACUCCAUGACAGCCCUGCCUGGUUGGACGAAAUCGACCGGUUCUUCUCCGUGUCGAAGCGUGGAAGCACGCUUGCAACAGAAUUUCGGGCUGGGACAACUGCCUUUCUGGCAACAGCAAACAAUUUCGUUGUGAAUGCGCACAUCAUGCAACACGCAGGGCUGGACUCCGAGAUGCAGCUUGUUAGCGGCGCAUUUGCUGCUGGCGUGACCUGCAUCAUCUCGGGGCUGCUCAGCAAUCUUCCACUAGGAAUGGUUCCAUCGGUGGGACCGAACGUGUACAUAGCAUAUAGCUUAGUAGGACCUCAUCUUUUUGAGGUGCAUGAAGCCCUUGGGAUAUCAGCUGCCUCUGGCUUGGUCCUUGUUGUGCUUUCGCUUACGCCCAUGCUUCGGAUGAUUCUGGGCCUCAUGCCCUUGAGCAUCAAGUAUGGUCUGCUUGUGGGCACUGGCCUGCUGACAGCAUUUAUUGGUUUGAAGUCUAUUGGCGUCAUCGUGGCAGACAAGGGCGAAGAUAUAGUCGCCCUUGGAGACCUGCACAGCUUGCCCUGUCAAGUUUCAAUAGUCUCUUUGAUCUUCACCGCGUCCAUGCUUUAUAAUGCUGUUACUGGGUCUGUUCUCAUUGGCAUGCUGAGUGCCACUCUGGCUUCCUGGUGGCUGCUCGACGACUGGCCAAGCAAGUUCUUCUCCUUACAGGGCGUCCACUUCGUCGAGCUGCAGUUUGGGAUGUUGGCAAGCGAGCGGGCAUGGGCCGAAGUUGCCUCAUUGUUACUUAUGCUACUCUUCUCGUUGAGUGGCGCCAUCAUCGGAAGUGCAAAGAUGGCCGGCCUUCUUGCCGAGGACGGAAGCGUCCGAGGCAGCACUGCGGUAUUUGUUUCAAGUGGUCUUGGUACGAUUCUAUCGGCAUUUCUUGGGACUGCCCCAAUCUUCGUGAGCAUGUCUGCUGCAGCUGGCAUUAGAGACGGUGGGCGCACAGGCUUGGUUUCGGUGGUUAUUGGCAUCUACUCGCUUCUCACUGCCUUCGUUCUGUCCCCUCUUGCUUCCGCGGUGCCAGAGUGCGCUGUCUCUCCGGUGCUGGUGCUCGUGGGCGUGUCCAUGACCGGCGAGGCCAGGGAAAUUCAGUGGUGGAAUAUGCUGGAUGCACUGCCAGCAUUUCUAUGUGCCAUCUUCCAGCCCUUCACCUAUAGCGUUUCCAACGGCAUCUAUGCUGGCUGUGGAAUGUCCAUUGUACUGUUCUUUUCCACUGGCAACUUCCUGUCCUACUGCCCUUCACUGCAAACGUCUUCCGGAGACUCCAAAGACAAGAUUUUGGGAGAGACUACAUCACCUGCCCUGCACAUGCAAAGGUCGAUGGUUGGACUGGAGGAUGAAGAGGCAGGCGAAAGCGGCGAAGGCCAACUUCCCAUCGAAAGCCCGUUGGUGAAAGCCAUGCAUCGCUACUGUGAAGGUGGACCCUUUGGCUUGGAAGAUGCAAACGAAGCAGAUUUCCGAACAAGGCUAAUUCACCUUGGAAUCACCUCAAAAUACGAGGCAUUGCAUUUCAUUGAGGAAGCUUCAAAGUUCGUUGGCCUUGACCCGGCGAAAAUGAUGGAGGUGGUGUCCGAACGUCUUGAGGCUGGGAGAAAUGUGGAGUCCCAUUACAUGGGCGGCAUCCCCGGUGUGGAAACGGCCCGCACCAACCAGGAACUGCUGCGCCAGCAGACUCUGGUGCGUAGGCAGUCAGAACACUGGGAUCCGGUGAUGGUUGCCGCCAAGCAACGCCGCCAGUUUUUCCGACAGCGCUCUCACGAGGACGACGUCAAAGCCUUGCAAAAGCAGAUGGCUUCGCUUCGGGAGGAGCAUGCAGCUGUGGCCAAGGAGCGUGAUGACUUGCUCCAGCGCCUAGAGGAUGAGCAAGCUGAGAUGAUUGCACGAGUGGCCGCGGUGGAGGAACGGCUCUGCCAGAGAGGAUCCAAGGCAGAAUCUUUGUGUGUGUGCGUCUAG